CGCCUCUCCACCUCAACCUUGAUGCUGGGCCGAAAACUACGCCAUAUCACCAUCGCGUGAAGCAAGCCUAUGGGCUCAAAAGCCCGGCUCUCUGAAGAACAUCUUCGUCUAUUCACUUCUUCGUCUUCUUUCCGUGUCGACAGUCAGUGACUGAUUACCGAAAAACUGGAGUUUAUCGCGAUCACGACGAUUCUCACGUCCAGCCGCUAUCAUGGCGUACAUUUUCUAUAGUCUGACGUUCUUUUCUCUUCUCUUUGCUACAAUACUUUUUAUCACGCGCAACUUCUGGAAGCCUUACGCUCCACCCAUUCCAUACAUCACCGCGCCCGGAACAAUUCCCGAACCCAUCUACGAUCUCGUAUCAAAUGUUCGGAAUUACAUUGAUUCUUUCCGCUACUCGCGACUCCCUACCUCGUUUCAGGACGAUGCCGAGGCAGGACUACAUUCCACCAACUUCGAUCUCGCGGAGAACAUCGAGGCGGAGGAUAGUCGCCGAGGUCUGGAUGAGAAUGCCAAGAGGGAGGUCUACAUUAUCAUGAAGAGAAACAAUGUCAACUUCGAUGAGGCGAGAAGAAUCUUUAUCGAGCAGAAGUUUGGGAGAGAGGGAAUUGCGGCGGAUGGAAGACCGCUGGAUAGGAAGGCUGUUAUGUUCAGCUGAACGGUUGUUUCUCCGAUACCCAGAUUUGAUGAUGUGUCAGUUUACUGUUGCCAGGUCAAAUAGCAGACUGCUUUGGGGGGUUUUACACGUAUGCGUAGCUCAUGUGUUGCACGUUCAAUCAUAUUCCUAUGUGGAUGCACCAUCGACGACCAA